CACCAGCAGACACAGCAACACCAGCACGGCAUCUUCUCCCGCCGGCCCUCCUUCUUCGGCGGCAGGCAUCGCACCGCCUCCAGACACGGCGCCGCCUCGUCCCUCUCCCACUCGCAUGCUGCCCCCGCAGACACGGCGCCGCCCCAGCUCCAUGUCCAGCCCGCGCCGCCCAUCACCAACUCUGCUGAUGCUGCUGCUCCCGAUGCUGCUGUUCCUAAUAGAUUAAACACGCCCCCUCCCCACGAUUCUGCAGACGACCCCACCAAGCACCAGCAGCCCACGACCCCCCAGCGCCGCCGCCACGUAAGCAGGCACAGCAUCGCUUCAUCCGUCACGGAUCUCGGCUCCCAGCUGCGCACCUCGCGCUCGGCCUCACUACGCACCACAAACUCGUCCAGCACCCGCAAGACGUCGUCCUCGUCGCACACGAGGACGCCCUCGGCCACGCUGGCCCUCGCCGAAGCUGAAAAGGCCCCCGCGCCCCAGCCAACCCACCCCCAGCGCCCGACCCUCUCCGUCUCCACCUUUACUCGCUCCUCCAAGCAAAAGGCCCACGACGCCCCCCAGAGCCCCUCGAGCGCCGUCGACAAGCCAAAGAACCCUUUCGCCAUGGCCGUGCCUAUGCCCCUGCGUCACCCGCCCACCCAAAAGGACAUUCUGCACGCAAACCAGCAGUCCAACCGCACCCUCGCCCCUGCCGCCCCCAUCCCCGUCCCCAAUGGCUCAAACCCAAACCUUGUCUUCCAGCAUAUCCAAGAGCUCGCCUCGAAGCGCAUCUCCACGCUCGACUACCUCCGCAAGGCUCACGAAGGCAGAAUAUACUGGUUCAACACGCUCCUCUUCUCCAAAUCCGACCUCACCCGCCUCCCCUCCUUUACCUCGCGCAACCAAGCCCGCCGCGCUACCCACUACCUCCUCCUCGGCUUCUCCCUCCCCACCAUCCUCGACCUCAACGCAAACUCGCCCGCCGACUACCUCAAGGCCCUCAAUGCCUUGCUCAUUGAGUUUGAGCAGUACCAGUCCAUGCACCCUGCCGAUGGCUCGACUCCUUCAACCCUGAGCCGUGCUCGCCUCCCGCAAAUGUUCAAGCGCGCAAACAUGGGCAUGACCAUGGGCAUGGGCAGUAAAGGUCGUCGUAGUAGCAGCGCAACCGGUGACUUUCCUAUCCUCACCCCGAGCAAUAGCUUCAACGGCAUAGAGGGCAUGGGCAUCGACUCGCCACCGACUGAUGACUUGCUCCUGCCAAACGAGUCGUAUACGCACCUGCAAACCCCGUCGCUACCCUUUGACCCAGACUUUUUCAGCACAUUCGCCACACUCUGCGAUGUCCUCAUCGAUUGCUACACACGCAUCCUGUCCAUGCUGAGUACCCCCGAGAGCGUCGCCAUGGCCGGUGGAGGCGUCCCCAGUAUUGUCGGCGACUUGUUCAACAAGGCCGACGCACGAGUCCGUAAGAUUAUUCUCGCCGGUGUUGUAAGAGAGUUUGAAGAUAGCUGUCGUGCUGGCGUUAAGAGCGAAGUUGGCGGCGUGGGCAAGGUUGUCCUGGGUGGCUUGAUG